AUGUCUAUCAAGGAGUUGAAGGAGCGCCAUGGGGCUGCGGAGGCGGCCGUGAAUGCUCUGAAGGAGAGGUUGAGGCACAAACGGCAACUGCUUCUCGACACUGACAGUACAAUUCUCUUCCAUUGCUGUUCUUCUCUAUCUUCCGAUUUCGAUUCCGUCGCUCACUUUUCGGAGGAAGCAGUCGAUCCGAAGCGUGUCCUCUCUUUUUUGCAGUGGCAGGUUACUCGAGAGCACAGGGGAGAGCCGCCGUCAGCUUCAGCUCCACGGAUCUUGUCUGCUGUAGGACUCUCCAGGGUCAUACAGGGAAGGUCAGCCCCUCCAUCUCCUGUUGCUCGGCCAUUCCCUGCAUAACCAAGUCGUUUCUGCAAGGCAACUAUGAAAGAUUCCGUUCUAUCCUUCAAUUAAUGUCUUCCCUGUGAGGAGAAGAUACCAGAGUUGGAAUCACAUGAAAGGAUUCCGCAGACCUGUUCAGUCUCUGUAUUGCUGGUGAUACCAUUUCUAGUCAAAGCGAGUUUGUUCAGGAGGCAUUAUAGAUGGUUUCUGCAAGGAAAAGCUUCUAUCCUUGAUUACUUUCAGAUUGGUUUGUAGAGAGUGGCUGAAUUUCAGAGAUAAUAUAGGAAUCUAGGUUUUUUUUUUUUUGGGUCAAAACCUGACAAAUCAUAGAUGAGAAUGCACUGGAAAUAAACAGUAAUUUGAGUUACUUUAUCUGGUUCUUGAGAUUAUUUUUUUGACGCCAUCAUGCCAAAUGAUGGAGUUGUCAUUUGGGUAUUGACAAUCAUCAUCAACACAGUGAAAUAAACUCAUAAAUCACGUAUAUGAUUUGGAGGAAGUAGUAGAAGAAAACGUGAGAUUCUUUUUCUUUCCUUUCUCUUCCUCUGGAAGUCAUACGAUGUCAUACAACCAUUACUAUUUAUCUAUACAUUGAUAUUUUUGUUGCAUCUAUAUCUAGCCGUAUAUUUCUCAUUACCUUAUUAUUUAUGACCAAUUUUUCACUUUAUUGCCUCCAUAGACAGAUGUUUUGGAGAAAUAUUCAUAAGGUAGCACUCAUGCAUGCUUUUGGCGUUGUUCCAUUACAAUUACUCAGGCACGAUCUAACUUAUUUAACUCUAAUUUACUUUCUUAUGCAAACACAAAUGGAUAAUCUGUGUCUCUGCUACCUCUGUUCAUUUGGUCAUGCGUUUCAUGAUAUCUGAUCAUCAGAAUUUUCAUAUGACUGUCUUAGUCUCAUUUAUCGAGUUACAUUACCAUUCUUGUAUCAUUUCCUCUGCUGUAAACUAGAAAUUAGCAUGAAUAGAAUGCUCAUAUAUGGAAAGCUGAUUGAAGCUGCGUUGUAUCAGGUAUAUUCUGUGGACUGGACCCCUGAGAAGAACCGGAUAGUCAGUGCCUCUCAGGAUGGGAGGUUGAUUGUCUGGAAUGCUUUAACAAGCCAGAAAACCCAUGCUAUAAAGCUACCCUGUGCAUGGGUUAUGACAUGCGCCUCUGGGCCCAGUGGUCAAUAUAUUGCAUCCGGUGGGUUGGACAGUGCGUGCUCUAUAUUCGAUCUUAAUGCCCAGGUUGACAAAGAUGGAAACCUCCCAGUAGCGCGAACCCUCAGUGGCCACAAGGGCUAUGUGUCUUCAUGCCAAUACGUCCCCGAUGAAGAAACUCAUCUGAUUACUGGGUCCGGCGAUCAAACCUGUGUCUUGUGGGACAUCACCACUGGUCAGAGGCUUUCUGUUUUUGGAGGUGAAUUUCCAUCUGGGCACACUGCAGAUGUGCUGAGGUACAUGCUCUCAAGGGCAUUGGUCAAACGUGGAUAAUUAUGUUUUAUUUAGUAUUAUUUUUUUCGUGAUUGUUAACUUUUUUUAGCUUUUUAGUUCUACUCAUUGUUAGAGGACUACGCCUUUGAAUGUCCUGCAAGGCCAUUGGCACUCAUUGGCACUUCAUGGAGCAUAUAACUUAGGUUUUGCAAUGGACAAAAUAGAACCGUCCUGUCCAUAUAUGGUGCUAUAAGUACAUGACAGUCAUCUUCUAAAUGUGUUCUUCAACAGACACGACCAUGAAAGGUGCAGAUCCUCUCGAAUUUCUUGGAGAAGACAAUGGAAAAUGAGGGAUAUUUUAUAUGCUUAAGCUAAAUUUUUCCCAUGCUUUAAAUAUUACAGAAGGUGACAGAAAACAUGUGGAGUUUUAUCUCUUUAAUAACGAAAAAUAUGGAGGAGAAAUUAGCAUGAUAGAGGUCGUAGAGAUCCACACGUUAACCCUAGGCUGGGCUGUUUUACUUAUUUAUUGUACUUGAGGUGGAGCUGAGAAUGUUCAAACCAGUUUUUAAGUUUGAAGGCAAUUUUUUUCUCUUUCUUGAUUUUUUUUUAUAGCUUUUUAGUGUCUUUUAAUGUAGCAGAAGAAUGUCAGGAUAUAUUUUGGGGGCAAGGUUCUCAUUUCUAAAUACUUUUUAGAAUGAGUUAUUUCUUUCUCUAUACAGAAAAUGAGAAGUCAACUCAGCUUGAAAGAAUAUAAAUAUGCAGUGACAUGGGUUUUUGAUGUAACAGAAGAUAUCUGGAUGGGAUUUUUCAAAAUCGAAUAGGCUACGAUAUCCUAAUCAUCAAUCUGUUUCGAUGGGAACUAAAAAAAAUUAAAAAGUAUUAACAAUAUUGCUUGGUAUGAAUUGCAUGAAAUAUUAGAGAAAUUUUUUCUUCAUGAUAUUUAUGCAGUACUAUAAUUAUGUUUCAUCAAAAUCUUCUUUCUUCACCUUUUAAAAUAAAAUUUAGCAUACAUUUGGUGCUAUAACAUACAUUUGGCGUUAUAGUUUUUAUUAGAUGAAAAUUUGCCUCCAUUGCUUGAAGAAAAAGCUUCAUUUCCAUGGAGAAAGGUAGAACUUUGUUGCUUCUUUGUGUGUACAUUGACAGUGUUAGAUCACCUAAAUGAUAAAACUACUAGGGAUCGAUGGAAAGCGGACAGUUAAACCCAAACAAGGGAUGAUAUAGAGAGAGUAGAGAGAAAUCAUGGUAUUUACGUUGAUAUCUUCCUAAAAGUCAACGUUCUGGCCCAUUUUUCGCAUGCAGUAUCCACAUUUUUGUUUGUACUGAGAAGCUGGCUACUUGCUUACGUUGCUACAUCAGUGGUCUUGCUGUCCUUAAUGUUUUCUGUUUAAGUCCCUUAUGGAUGCAUUGCAAUAUCUUUACGAAUAUCUUUUAUCCUUCCUAUCAGUUGACUAAGCAAACUUUGCUAAAAAAAUGCACUGAACAUAAAAUCCAUUUUUUUUAAGAACAGUGUCAUCUCUUGUAAUGGUGAUGAAUCUUUUUCCUCUUUUAUACCUGUUAAAUUCUUUGCAUUUGAGAGUUGCAAACAUCAAGUAAUUAUUGCCUUGGGAUCUUAGAAACUAACCAGAAAACAUGAACGUAAAAAAUGAAUGGGACUUUGCAGAUGUCAUGUUAUUUUAUUUCGUUGUUUUUUCUAGCAUUGUGUGAGCGCCGCGCCCAAUUAUUCAGGUGGUCUUGUGAUGUCCUUUUUUCAGCAUCUCCAUCAACAGUUCAGACCCAAAAGUGUUCGUCUCUGGAUCAUGCGAUGCAACUGCUCGGCUCUGGGAUAUGCGAAUUGCCAGUCGGGCUGUUCGCACCUACCAUGACCAUGCAGCGGAUGUAAACGCAGUAAAGUUCUUCCCUGAUGGGAAAAGAUUUGGGACCGGAUCUGAUGAUGGUACUUGCAGAUUAUUUGAUCUAAGAACUGGGCAUCAACUCCAAGCUUACAGCCAAGAACCAUACGACGGAGGCGAUGCCCCGCUUGUCACCUCCAUUGCAUUUUCCGCCUCGGGCAGACUACUAUUUGCUGCAUACUCAAAUGGAGAUUGCUAUGUCUGGGACACCUUAGUCGCCCAGGUAUGCUGUCGUUCCCACCUUACAAUCCGAGCUGUUCAUCUUCUUUAUUUAUGUAUGCACACACGGUUUUUGUCUAAACUAUGGAAACUUUGGACAUAAAUGUGCUCCUGAUAUUAUAUACGGAUAUACUAAGCAAAUAAUGUGGCUAUGGAUGGAACAAUUUCUUUCGUUUUGGAAGACCCAGUGACACAUCAACCACACCACAGCUCUCUAUAGUUCUUCGCUACUCGUACAGGAAGGAGUCUCUUUCUGUCUGGAAAGUGUCUUUUUUGAUGAAUCAAUAAUACCUAAAGUGGAUGAAUUUACUUAGUUCACAUACUCCUCUUUACUCUUUAUAUUACCAUAUGGAAUGAUGGAGAGAUGAAGUACUUGAGAGUAGCAGAAAUUCUCAAAAAAUGGAACCAACUGGUUUCACACUGGGAAGAAAUCCUCAUAGCAUUUUGGGAAACAUGAGGUUGGCGGUCUCUAUUUUCUAUCGGAUUUUGUGCUAAUUUCGGUACAUUUUCUAGGUCUAUGUGCAUAUAUGAACAUGUUGUAUGGUAGCCUCUAGUGAUGAUUAUCCUGGUUGGUACUAACUCCACCUCCCUUUGCAUGCCAGGUAGUUCUAAAUCUGGGAACGCUUCAGAACACUCAUGAGGGCAGAAUAUCUAGUCUCAGUCUGUCAUCUGAUGGAAGCGCCCUGUGCACAGGGAGCUCGGAUAAAAACCUGAAGGUAGGUGUCUAUUUGCCACUAACUGCUACCAGGUGGUGAUCAUGAAAUUUUUUGUGUUAUAUGUAUUCUUGUCACUGCCAAGUAAGCCUCUUUCGCAUUGCGUCUAUUUGCAGAUCUGGGCAUUCGGUGGACACAGGAGGGUUAUAUAG